AUGUCUCAACAAGGUGCUGCUCUACAAAACUACAACAACGAACUAGUUAAAUGCAUUGAAGAUCUAUGUGCGAAGCGCGAUGAAUUACAACGACAAAUCUUGAUCGAAGAAGAAGACAAGCAUAAACUAGAGAAUGAAAUACGCUUAGCCAGCGAGAAACUGGCGAAGAUCAAUGAAAAUUUAGCAAAGAAGAUCACUGCACGAACAGAAUUCGAUCGAACAAUCAGUGAAACCGAAGCCGCUUAUAUGAAAAUCCUCGAAAGUUCUCAAACAUUACUCAACGUCCUCAAACGUGAAUCGCACUCACUUCGAACCAAAGUUGACGAUUAA